AUGCAGGGCGGCGUCUCCGGAUUCCAGAACGCGCCGGUGACGCGGGCGGUCGUCCUCUCGAGCGGCCUCCUGUCCGUCGUCUUCAGCGCGCAGCGCCGCGCCCGCGCCCUCGGCAUCUCAUACCAGGACACUAUAACGAAUUUCCGUUUAUGGAAGAUAUUCCCAUCUGUAUUUGCUUUUCAGUCAACACCGGAGUUAAUGUUUGGACUGUAUCUUCUGUAUUACUUCCGUGUGUUUGAGAGGCAGAUAGGCUCUAACAAAUACUCGGUUUUUUGUCUGUUCACUAUCACAGCAUCAUCACUCCUCGAGAUCCUGUCAUUGGUUAUCCUGAAAGAUACAAACUACAUCAGUACGCUUGCAUCAGGGCCUUAUAGUCUCAUAUUUGCCUCUUUUGUUCCGUUCUUUCUUGACAUUCCAGUCACAUCACGGUUCCGUAUUUUUGGCCUGAAUUUCAGUGACAAAUCGUUCAUUUACUUAGCUGGUCUUCAGCUCCUUUUAUCUUCUUGGAAGCGCUCCCUUAUUCCUGGUAUAUUCGGUCUGGUUGCUGGUUCUCUCUAUCGUCUAAAUGUGCUUGGCAUCCGCAAGAUGAAGCUUCCACAGGUUAUUUCAUCAUUUUUUGCAAGAUACUUCGCCCCUUCCCCAGGAAGCACAUCUCGCCCCUCCAGGAGUCUUGUUGGAAACACACCGUCCCAAACAGGCCGUGCUGUUCAGAAUCAGCCAUCAACUGGAUUUGCACCUCUCGUGGAGCCUCCAGAGUCCUCCGUUGCUAUGCUGGUCUCAAUGGGCUUUGAUGGCAAUAACGCAAGGCAGGCACUCGUGAGGGCAAGAAAUGACAUCAACGUGGCAACGAACAUCCUACUGGAAGCACAGUCUCAUUGA